UAAAGCAAGCCUGUCUUGACGUGUGUAGACGGAUGCCAUUUGAUGCUGUGUUCAAUAGAUGAAAUGGCUGAUCACGAUUCUCUUGUCAGUGAAUUUUCGGCAAUCACAGGAGCAGAUGCUGAGAGAGCUCAAUUUUACUUAGAGGCUGCAGGAUGGGAUUUGCAGCUUGCCAUGUCAAGUUUCUUUGAGAGUCAUGAUGAUGGGGGUGAUGAUAGUGAUGAUGCAGGAGCAACAGCAGAAGUGGGAGCUCCUUCAGCACCAAGUAAACAGUAUGCCUCUGGAAGUGGCAGUCAGUUUGCUACAUUGUCAGAUAUAAACAAAGGUUUAAACCCAGCAGAUAAUGAGGGUCAGGCCUUUUAUGCUGGUGGGGCAGAUGAAGGAGGCAGUGGACAACAAAUUCUUGGACCUCCCAAAAAGAAAUCUUCUGAAAUUGUGGAGGACUUGUUCAAAUCUGCUAAAGAGCAUGGUGCAGAAGAAAUGGCAGCAGGAUCUGCUGCUGCUGCACCAGCAGGAAAGACAGCAGCUUUUAGAGGGAGAGGGUACAAGUUAGGAGAGAUGGAGAAUGAACCAACAAAUGUUGUGGGAGAAGCACUGCAAGAGGAACCACAGGAGAUUCAGGUUGUAUUGAAACUUUGGAAGAAUGGUUUCAGUGUAGGAGAUGGCCCUCUCAGAGAUUAUGGGGAUCCUCAAAACAAAGAGUUUUUAAAUUCUAUUCACAGAGGUCAAGUGCCACUUGAGCUGAUAAAGCUGGCUAAAGGAGGAGAAGUAGAUCUGCAAAUGGAGGACCACAGAGAAGAAGAAUUUGUAGCACCAAAAGUGAAACUGAAAGCAUUUUCUGGAGAAGGCCAGCGAUUGGGAAGUGCUGCUCCAACUGUAGUCACACAGAGUUCUCCAGAUGUCAACCAGCAGAAUGAGGCAGCAGCAGUGAACUCAGUGGAGGUAGACAGCAGUCUGCCCACCACAGGCAUACAGAUCAGGCUGGCAGAUGGAGGAAGACUACUAGCAAAAUUUAAUCAUACCAACAAGAUCAGUGAUGUACGGAACUAUAUUUUAAAAGCACGUCCACAGAUGGAGGGAACACAGUUUGUUCUCAUGACAACAUUUCCAAACAGAGAACUGACUGAUGAAACUCAAACUUUAGCAGAUGCCAAGUUACUAAAUGCUGUAGUUGUGCAAAGAAUGAAGUAAAUAAGACACUAAAUGGUGCACAAAUAACAUAGCAUACAACUACUACUGCAUAUUGUAACUGUAACAAUGUGGACAUGGAGGCAGUGUUAUGACAUUAAAGCUAGUGUGGGUUUAUGUGUGGAAUGCUGGCCAUUUUGGACAGUUUGUAAGCAAAGAAAGGACAGCUUUUUUAAAAAUUGGCAUCCUUUUUUGGGCAGAAUUUUUUGCAGGUGCUAUGAUAAGCACAUCUGUUUAAUGCAUUCAAAUGUAUUAGUUGGUAAUAUUUAUUGACAAAUUCUUUAAAAUGGAUAAAAAAAAACACAAAAGGUAUGUGUAAAGAAGAUGCUGGUUAUGAGGAAAAAGGGCAAUUCCAUUUUUUUUUUAAUUUAUCAAAGAAAAAAUGAUAUGCAGAAUCCACUGAAAUCAUUUAUAUUUACCCAAGGGUAUUCAAAAUAUUUGCAUUACAUGUUGUAUUCAGCACAAGAUUAAAAUUCUCUGAAGUGAAA